AUGCCAAAGGCCACGGAGCUUUCGCUGGGAGAUGAUGGAUACGCUGGCGUUCCGGCAUCGCAGCAGCAGAUUCCUCCGGAAGGCGAGGGUUCGAUUCCCGCAUGGUACGCUGAGGAAUGGGCUACUCGUACCCGGUGGCGGCACAUGGGCAAUCAAGUGGCCAGGGAUACGGCAGCGCUGGCCGGCGUGAUGCUGCUCAUGGACGGAGUGGAGGGUGGCAUGAGGCGGCUCCGGGCCGGUUCUGAUGACCCGUGGAACCGAGUGAUGGCGGGAGUGAUGGCGGGCGGACUGCUGGGGCUGCUGUGGUACCCGGGUCACCCCCGAGGUCGAGCCUACAUGACGGCUGCGGGCUCCUUCGUGGGGUACUUCUCGUACGUCACGGAGAAGGCCGUGGAUAGCAGGCUGCUCACGACGCAGAGAGAGCUGGAAGCGGAGUUGCUUCAGAAGUCCGAGGACCAGUUGCGGCAGGAGCUCAGCCGGCCGUACUUGCAGUCCCUGCUGCGGGCCAAACAACGGAUGAUGCACGAGGCCGCGAGGAAGGCGAUGGCGGAGAAGCUCGCACACACCCCAGCCACACCCUACGUUCCCACCCCGUCUAUUCACUCCGGGAUAGCCGGCCCCAACACCGCCAACAUCGCUCCCACAGCCCCUUUCCAAAUCUUCGCGAUUCCUUACCAUCACCUCUUCAUGACCAACACUGCGGGGAUGCCCCACUCCUACGCCUAUCCCACAUCCUCCCUCUCCUGCCCAUUGCCUGAUCGGCGAAGACCGUGUUCCUCGCUGGGCUAG